UUGAACGUCUCGUCCUUAAGAAUGCGCAGAAAGCUUCCCUUUACCAAGGUCUCAAGUACCUCUCGCUAGCAAUUUGCGAUGGAUUUCCCUCUGCCAUGGGAGCUCCCAGCGCCAUCCAUCCGCGUCACGGAAAUUCCAUCUGCAUCACCUUUCGGUCCUGCCGAAGUAUUGUUGACAUACAGGCAACAAAACCAGCUAACAAACCUCGCACGUGGAUUAACACUGUGCAGGAGGCGGAGCCCCUGCCAAGCCAUUAUUCAAGCUUCAAUCUUCCCGCGUUGGGUGGCUUAAGCUUUUACCAGCGUCAUCUUCUAUUGGCUGUGUAACGACGACUUCCGCUGUCAGUCCGCCAGUCAGCAGCAUAAACAUCGAGGCUGAGCGAAGCGAACAUCAAGCCCACUUUAUUGGGCCUAGCGUGCGAAGAGGUCUCCUAAAUACAACACCUUGAGGGUGUGCGCUGGUGACCUAAUGGAGGACGAGUGCGUGGAAGAGUAGAUUCAAGUAUCCUGUUUCUCAUAUAUAAACCAUCAUUUCCUCCCCGCUGAAGUAUUGUUCAUUCAUACAACUCCAUUCUUCUCCACAAAGACAGACUUCGCGCAAUAACCCCAUCUCACAAGUUCUGCGAUCUCUUUCAUCAGCAUGGUUCUCACUUAUCGCAACGGUGUCUCCAUAGGACAAAUCAUAAUAUACACCUAUUGUCUUGCAGUUGCCAUUUUCCUUGCGUUGAGGCAUGGUUUCCGCCGAAAUGCUGGCUGGAUGUAUCUCAUCAUCUUCUGUCUCGCACGAAUUAUUGGACCAGCAAUGGAGCUGGCAACCAUCAACGAUCCUACAAACACAGAUCUCUAUACCGGGUACGCCAUCUUAAACAACGUCGCCCUUUCACCUCUCAUGCUUGCUGCCCUGGGACUUCUGGGACGACUCCUCGAAAAUAUCCGCGAGACACACAACACCAGACUUCAUCCCGCGAUUCUUAGGAUCGUUCAACUGAUCAUCGUGGUUGGGUUGAUUCUCGGUAUCGUCGGAGGUCUUGAUGCGAGCGAUGCCUACGUCAAAGCUUUGCACGCUGGCAGCACAGCAGCCUACCGUCCAGAAACUCUGAACAAAGUCGGCACUGCUCUAUUCAUCCUCGCCUACGUCGCACUUACUAGCUUUACGAUUGCCAUCUCAUUCUCAACGCCACAUGCUCAGGCCGGCGAAAAGCGGCUCCUCUACGCUGUUGCUUUCGCACUUCCAUUCCUCCUUGUCCGACUCGUCUACUCCUGCUUCAGCACUUUCACCCAAAACCCGAAAUUCAACCUCCUCGCUGGUAAUGAGACGGUGUUGCUUUGCAUGGCAUACUUGAUGGAACUUCCUGUCGUCAUUACAUUCGAAAUCAUAGGCUUGACUUUGAAGAAGGUAACAUACGUUGAGCGUCAGACGGCUUCGCACCAGACGAGCAGCUCUAACAGCUCUCAGCCACUGCAAAAGAAGGGGAAAGGUGAUAUGGCACUGAACCUUGCCAAGAAGACUAUUAUUGGGAGGAUUGUGAUGGCUUUUGUUCCCAGUGAGAAGCAUGAUGUGGAGAUGCAGAGCAAAGAUUACCCUAUGGCGAAGUGAGGACUUGAGCAAGAAUGUGGAGGGUAGAGGUAAUGGAAAAGGUUCUUGGAGGCAUAUUAUGGUAUUAGCACUGGCGUUGAUGGGGUAGAGAACAUUUGCAUUGUUUGAAUUUUCGCAACAUAGACUGUACAAUAUUAAGACUCGAACUUUUCGC